GAAGGCAGACAUGGCGGCGGAUCCUAACCCGGACUGGCUCUCCUGUCUUCCCCCUUCUUGGAGUUACGGCGUCACCCAGGAUGGACGCCUGUUCUUUAUCAACGAAGAAGCGAAGAGUACAACCUGGCUGCAGCCUGUCAGCGGGGAGGCUGUAAUAACGGGGCACAGGACAACUCCAGAUUUGCCAACAGGAUGGGAGGAAGGCUACACAUUUGAGGGCGCUCGCUGCUUCAUCAAUCACAAUGAGCGAAAGGUGACCUGCAAGCACCCUGUAUCAGGAGCCCCCUCCCAAGACAACUGCAUCUUUGUAGUAAAUGAACAGACAGCUCCAAAGACAGAGCAGGACAACGGUGACAGUAAGGACCGUCACAUGAGCACCAUGAGCGAAGCGUCUAACUACACAGGUGGCUCAGACAACAGCACCUUUGCUGAGAGCCCUGCCACUACAGUGACCCUCUCUUCUUCGUUCACACGGCCCUCAAGGUCUUCCAAAAAGGUUCACAACUUUGGCAAGAGGUCCAACUCCAUCAAGAGGAAUCUCAAUGCUCCAGUCGUCAAAAGCAACUGGCUUUACAAACAGGACAGUACUGGCAUGAAGCUGUGGAAGAAGAGGUGGUUUGUCCUCUCAGACAUGUGCCUUUUCUACUACCGUGAUGAAAAAGAAGACAGCAUCCUGGGCAGUAUCCUGCUGCCGAGCUUUCACGUCUCCAUGCUGUCUGUGGACGACCACAUCAGCAGGAAAUAUGCCUUCAAGGCCACUCACCCCAAUAUGAGGACAUACUAUUUUUGCACCGACACGGCCAAAGAAAUGGAGUCCUGGAUGAAAGUCAUGACAGAUGCAGCGCUCGUCCACAGUGAACCCGCCAAAAGGUUGGACUCGAUGAAAGUAGAUCAGCGAGCACCUCAGGAGCUUAACAACAUACAGAAUAACAGAGUCUUCCGCCAACCCGAGAUGGAGAACAAUGAGCGAAAUCGGAAGCCUGUGCAUCAAAACUGUUUAUCAAAGGUGGAUGACAAGCGGCUAAAAGAUGCAGAGAGAAUCCACAGCCAGAAGGAACGAGAGUACUACACAUUACAGAAAGACGUGGAGAGGUAUUGUUUAAAGCAGGACGGAGUAAGCUACAUCCAUUGCAAGGAUGAAGAAAUGUACCCCUUUCACAGGGACCUGGGAAAGUGCUCUGUACAGAAAGUGGAUGAAAAAUACACAGUGACACCAGCUGACAAAAACUACGCUCACACUAAAGUUGAUGAUAAAUAUGCGCUGCAAAAAGUUGGAGACCGGCCCAGCCUGAUGAAAGACACACAUAAAUACAUCCCUCAAAGGGAAGUGAGGAGACAGCUGUCUUUAAAAGAGACGCCAAAUAAAUAUGGCACGUUACAAGUUGUGGACAAAUACGGCACUUUGAAGGAAGUUAGGAAAUAUAGUACACUCCGAGAAGGGGAUAAAUACGCUAACCUGAGAGACUUGGAAAAGUAUGCGACGCUAUGUCAUGGGGAUAAAUUCUGCUUUCAGCAAGCUCCUGUAGCUGAGACUUCUCGCACUAAGCUCAAGCUGCAGCCAGCUCAGGCAGCUGCCAUUGCAGCGGCAGUGUCUGCAUCCCGCCAAGGCCAGCAGGCUAACAUCACCCUGUCAAAGCCCGCACACGUCACUGCAUCGGGGUCAGGAGAUCAUACAAGCGACUACAGUCUGCCAGUGGAACGCGAAAACCAGGUUACAAGCCGAGUGACUCCAGUCCAGGAACAAGCGAGGAUGUCCAGAAGCAACUCUUUCCAGCAGUCGGAGCACUCAACACGGACCCACAGGGCAAGAGGGACAGAAGAGGACAUCAGAAGCAUUAACUCCUACCAGACCUUGCCCAGAAACAUGCCUAGCCACCGUGCUCAGUUGGUUCCCAGAUACCCGGAGGGCUACCGCACACUGCCCCGUAACAGCAUGAUAAGGCCUGACAGCAUCUGCAGUACAGCAGGCUCGGUGUACGACCGGGCUCUUCGACCCGCCUCAACCUGCACUGUCACCACGGCAGAGAAGAGGAGAUCGAUGAGGGACGACACCAUGUGGCAGCUGUAUGAGUGGCAACAGAGGCACGCCUUCUCCCGGCAAAGUCUGGCUCAACCAGCAGGUCAUUAUGGCACCCUUCCCAGCACAAAGACAAUGGGCAACAUAUCAGAACAUUCGGCGGUACACUCUAUUCCCGCCUCACCAUCUCACGGCUCGUUAGCCCUCUACAACACCCUCCCCGCUCCCUGCCAGCAAAGUGUUCCCAACGCCAACAGCUCCUUCUCGGAGGCGUCGUCACCGCUCGUAAGAGAAGAUGGGACACUCGAGCGUCGGCACAGGACACACCUAGCCAAGUUUGGAAGCACACUAGAUCGCCGACCUGUAGUAGCCGGUGUACCUCCCCAGCCAAUUACUCCUCAGUCACUACAAGGCAAGACGCCUGAGGAACUCACACUGAUGCUGAUCAAGCUCCGUCGGCAGCAGGCAGAGCUCAACAGCCUGCGGGAGCACACAGUAGCCCAGCUAAUGGCCCUGGGCAUGGAGGGGCCCAACCCCAAGACUGAUGUUCUUUCCCACCAUCUUCAAAGGAACCUUGUUUACCUCCAAAGCCAGAAAAAGGAGAACGAACCACUUAUCUUCAUGAUUCACACUAUGAUCGAGAACUCUGCACCAAGGCCGCAACUCUACCAGCAAAUCAGCCCAGACGAAUACAAAGAUGACUCUUUGGGCCAACACAAGGAGGACAUAGAUGCCAAACUGAGCAGAUUAUGUGAGCAGGACAGAGCAGUGAGGGUGCAAGAGGAGAAACUGCAACAACUACAUCGAGAAAAGCACACUCUGGAGACAGCGCUGCUGUCUGCCAGUCAGGAGCUAAGUGAACAGAGCAAUUCCAGUACUUCAGCUGCCCAAAGCCUGGUUCAACAGAGAGACGUGUUACAAAACGGUCUGCUGAGCACCUGCCGGGAACUGUCCAGAGUCAAUACGGAGCUGGAACGUUCGUGGCGGGAGUACGAUAAGUUAAAGGGUGAUGUCACCUUGGCCAAGUCUAACCUUCUGGAGCAGCUGGAAGCCCUGGGCAGCCCACAGACAGAACCUCCAAGCCAUCGACACAUUCAGAUCCAGAAGGAACUAUGGAGGAUCCAGGAUGUGAUGGAGGCACUGAGUAAAAACAAACCACAGCGCAGCACAGACAGCACAGAUUGGUCUGAUUCCAAGCCACUCUCCAGUCUACAAAAGAAUGAGGCAGUGACGUUGCUGCCACUCAGUCCUCUCAAGGACGACAAUGGCCUUCCCCCUCGUCCUCCACUUCCACAGUACUACUAUUCAUCAGAGCACCCCCCUUACUUGCACCCCCACCAUCCAAACUCCAGCAGCCGUCCACCUCCUUACACACAACGUCCUGAGGACCGCAAAACCGGCUCUAGGAAUGGCCCGCACUGUGUAAGGUCAUCAGAAAAGCAAGGUCCAGACUAUCGGUUAUGUAAGAGUGAACCUGAGCUGACCACAGUCAAAGAGGAAGUAGACGAGGCCAACAGCGAGAACAAGGACAAGAAUGAAAGUGCCCUGGAGAAUGACAAUAUUGUAGCCUCCAAAGCUGUUCCCCCCUAUCCAGUGGGCAUUGUUCCCCCUAGGACCAAAUCUCCCAUGAACCCUCCCGAGUCCACAACUAUCGCCUCCUACGUCACCCUGAGGAAGACCAAAAAGCCCGAAUCCCGAUCGGAUCGACCCAGAAGUGCAGUAGAUCAGAUUGGCUAUGGCGAGAGAGAAGUGGGCCGACACAGGAUGAGUGUUGAGGAGCAGAUGGAAAGGAUGCGGAGACACCAAGAGGCCUCUUCUCUGCGGGAGAAGAAGAGAGAGGCCCUAUCCCGCUCACAUUCUUUUAGCAAAGAUGACCCCUAUGUUAUGCUGCAGGCCCGGGCCCAUACAGAGGGAGCCUGUGCAGACCCAGUGGAGUUGGAAGCGGCCCUGCAGCAACUGAAGAUGGCUCAUAAUGAGCAGAAUACAGAGAGCUUGCUGACUACAUCUCAGGAGGUGCAGCGAGUAGAGGAGGCGGAAACUGACAAAUGUGAAGAAGCAUCGCAGGACAGGGAAAUGAAGUCGGCGAGUUUAUAUCCCUUGCAACCUGAGGCCAAUAACAACACAGAAAAUGAGCAGUGUGAGAGGCAGAGGGCAAUGAUUUUGGACCUGGGCAUUGAGACCCAGCAUGUGGAGAUUGUAAACCUUUGCCACAUUGAAGAUGACAAAAGCACAGCAGAAGAUAUGCCCAGCUCCCUUAUAAACGCCAAUGAAAAUAGGUUCCAGAGUCCUGAUCCACAGACGCCAAGCCCCGAGCGAAAAGGGGAGGCAGAUGUGAUGCAACAAACCAUCAGAGAGGAGAAGCUAGAUACAAGCCAAGAAUCCUACAAGCAGAUAACAGCAGAUGACAAGAAACACAACAAUAACAAUUUGUUAGCUUCACCAAUGUACACCAUGGUAAGCAAUGACACGUGAGUGCCCACCUUGACGUCCACGGCGCCGUCCCAUAGAGUCCAAAUGUAGCAAGUUUCCAGCAGUAUGACGACAUCAUGCCUACAAGGAAAAUGAACAUUUCCAGCACACUUUUCAAAACACAAAUCAUUUAAUGCAUAUUCAUAUCCUGUUAUAUUCCAAAACAUAUUUUUAUAUAAAGUAGGAUGUGUUUACAUAUCUACAUAUUUAUAAACAUGCAUAAAUGUACACAUACUCAGUCAUAUACACAGUAUGUACACGUGUAUAUACAGUAUCAGUAUAUGUACACUCACACACAUACAGUUUAUCAUAUAUAUGACUGACUGUGUGUGUACAUAUAUGUACAUUCAGUAUAUAUGUAUGUGCAAAAUAUGUACUGUAUAAAUGUAUAUACAAUAGAUAUGUACUGUAAAUGUGUGCAUACAUGUGUACAUAUGUAUGUGGAGUUACAGGUGAAGAAGGUCUGCUUGGAUGUAGCUCAGCUUCUCACAGCUGAAGUUUUUCUAACGAGCUCUUUAGUCAACACUGAAUCAACAAUAUUGAUUGCAGCCAAGUAGUAUGUUCCAUUUCUCAUGUUAUUCAUCAACAGUUGCUAAGUUUUCAUUGAAAAAUAUGAAGUACAAGGGUACAAGCAAUGUUGAAGUACAAAACCGGAACCAGUGAAGUUGGCACGUUGUGUAAAUCGUAAAUAAAAACCGAAUACAAUAAUUUGCAAAUCCUUUUCAACGUAUAUUCAAUUGAAUACACUGCAAAGACAAGAUAUUUAAUGUUCAAAUUGAGAAACUUAAUUUUUUUUUGCGAAUAAUCAUUAACUUAAAAUUUAAUGGCAGUAACACAUUGCAAAAAAAUUGGCAGAGGGGCAUUUUUACCACUGUGUUACAUGGCCUUUCCUUUUAACAACACUCAGUAAAUGUUUGGGAACUGAGGAGACACAUUUUUGAAGCUUUCCUUGUGAAAUUAUUUCCCAUUCUUCCUCGAUGUACAGCUUAAGUUGUUCAACAGUCCGGGGUUUCCGUUGUCGUAUUUUAGGCUUCAUAAUGCGCCACAAAUUUUUGAUGGGAGACAGGUCUGGACUACAGGCAGGCCAGUCUAGUACCCGCACUCUUUUACUACAAAGCCACGCUGUUGUAACACAUGCAGAAUGGGGCUUGGCAUUGUCUUACUGAAAUAAGCAGGGGCGUCCAUGAAAAAGACGUUGCUUGGAUGGCAACAUAUGUUGCUCCAAAACCUGUAUGUACCUUUCAGCAUUAAUAAUGCAUUCACAGAUGUGCAAGUUACCCAUGCCUUGGGCACUAAUACACCCCCAUACCAUCACAGAUGCUGGCUUUUGAACUUUGCGCCUAUAAUAGUCUGGAUGGUUCUUUUCUUCUUUGGUCCGGAGGACACGACGUCCACAGUUUCCAAAAACGAUUUGAAAUGUGGAAUUGUCAGACCACAGAACACUUUGCAUCAGUCCACCUUAGAUGAGCUCGGGCCCAGCGAAGCCGGCGGCGUUUCUGAGUGUUGUUGGUAAAUGGCUUCUGCUUUGCAUAGUAGUUUUAACUUGCACUUACACAUGUAGCGACGAACUGUAGUUACUGACAGUGGUUUUCUGAAAUGUUCCUGAGCCGGUUUUAGGGAUCGAAGGUCACAGGCAUUCAAUGUUGGUUUUCGGCCUUGCCGCUUACGUGCAGUGAUUUCUCCAGAUUCUGUGAACCUGAUGAUAUUACAUACCGUAAAUCUCCAAAUUCCUUGCAAUAGCUGGUUGAGAAAUGUUGUUCUAAAAUUGCCAAUUUCCUCACGCAUUUGUUCACAAAGUGGUGACCCUUGCCCCAUCCUUGUUUGAAUGACUGAGCAUUUCAUGGAAGCUGCUUUUAUACCCAAUCAUGGCACCCACCGGUUCUUGAUUAGCCUGUUGACCUGUGGGAUGUUCCAAAUAAGUGUUUGAUGAGCAUUUCUCAACUUUCUCAGUCUUUUUUGCCACUUGUGCCAGCUUUUUUGAAACAUGUUGCAGGCAUCAAAUUCCAAAUGAGCUAAUAUUUGCAAAAAGUAACAAAGUUUACCAGUUCAAACGUUAAGUAUCUUGUAUUUGCAGUCUAUUCAACUGAAUAUAGGUUGAAAAGGAAUUGUAAAUCAUUGUAUUCUGUUUUUAUUUACGCUUUACACAAAGUGCCAACUUCACUGGUUUUGGGUUUUGUAAUAUGAAAGAUAUAUUUUGCUUUGUGUUUUGCAAAUGCACUGCGAUACUUCAAGUUGCGGUGCUGUCAGCCUGCUUGUCACGAAAGUCGCCAAAGUGGUGGCAUCAAUAACACAAUGCAGUAUAGAAAGAGUAUGUUUAAUGAUGCACAUCAGUGAAAGACAAAAAAAAUGCUUAGCUACAUUAGUUUAUAUGAAGGAGUAUUCAUGCCACAGGGAAACCAAAACAGAAUAGAAAAAAUAACAAGUUGGAAUCUUACAAGUUAAUUUUAUGAGAGUAAGUUUUAAUUUAGUUUAAAUAAAAUUUCCAUCCAGCUUCUUCCGCUUAUCCGAGGUUGGGUCGCGGGGGCAGCAGCCUAAGCAGAGAAGCCCAGACUUCCCUCUCCCCAGCCACUUUUUCCAGCUCCUCCCAGGAGAUCACGAGGCGUUCCCAGGCCAGCUGGGAGAUAUAGUCUUUCCACCGUGUCCUGAGUCUUCCCUGUGGCCUCCUACCGGUCAGACGUGCCUUAAACACCUCCCCAGGGAGGCGUCCUGGGGACAUUCUGACCAGAUGCCCAAACCACCUCAUUUGGCUCCUCUCUAUGUGGAGGAGCAGCGGCUUUACUUUGAGCUCUUCGCGAAUGACAGAGCUUCUCGCCCUAUCUCCCGCCACCUGACGGAGGAAACUAAUUUCGGCCUCUUGUACCCGUGAUCUUGUCCUUUCGGUCAUAACCCAAAGCUCAUGACCAUAGGUGAGGAUGGGAACGUAGAUAGACUGGUACAUUGAGAGCUUUGCCUUCCGGUUCAGCUCCUUCUUCACCACGACGGAUCGACACAGGGUCCGUAUCACUGCAGACACCGUGUCUCCCAAUCCACUCUUCCCUCACUCGUGAACAAGACUCCGAGUUACUUUAACUCCUUCACUUGCCAAAAAACAUAAUCCCCCAAAAUGAUUUCUUAUUUGUUUUGAAAUAUAAUUUUAAGAAAAAAAACUAUUUCUUAAAAACAUAAUCUCAUGAAAAAUCAGUUUUAUAGUUUUACGGAUUUUAUUUUUAUUUCAAACAUAAUCUCUCAAAAAACGUAAUCUCAUAGGAUUCUUUUUUUGUUAAAGACAUUCCAAAAAUUUUUUUUUUUAAACAUAAUUUAACUCCUCCUUCAAAACAAUUUAGGACAUAAUUUCACACAAAAAAGCUUUUGUUUGACACAAUCUUCCAAACAACUGAAUCUCAUGAAAAAAUAGACUUUUUUCAAUAUAUAAUUUUACUGAAAAACAUUUCUUAAAACAUCUCACAGAAAAAAUACUUUUCAAGACAUCUCUUUAAAAACUUUUUUUUUUUAAACACUACGUCUCUAAAACAAAUAUUUAAACAUAACCUUACCCCAAAAAACAUUUUAAUGUAAAAAUGUGUUUUAAAAAAACCCUUAAUCUUAUAAAAAUAUUUUUUCAUUUUAAACCAUAUUAUAACCCAAAAAGGCUUUUGUUUUCCUGGAUGAUUUUAUUCCUACUUUAUUUUUGUCACUUGCUUGAUGUCUGUUGCAAGGUGAGAGUUUGUCAUUUUGGAUAAGUUUUCAUUGUAGCAGGUGGAGCGUCAGAAAACAGCACAUGUAUGAAGCAAUAAGUAGGACUUGAGGACGUACAAGACAUGUAAGAGAUGUAAAAACUGUACAAAAUGAACAUUUGUGUACA